GACGCUUAAAUGCAUCCGUGUAAAAGCUCCGCUCGCAGAGCAUAAACAAACUAAAUGAUUACAAAAAGAACUGAGUUUACUCACUUUUAAACGGCUGUAGUCGUUUAAAUAUACGAAUAGACUAAAUAGUAUUUAACUGGAUGAAUAUUUAAAGGCGCCCUUGUUGGAGAAAUUGCAUAAUAUGGAUGCGGGAGGCUCAAAGAAAAUGCGAACCAGGGAACUCCCGCCUCUUCCACAGGUAAGACCUUUAACUCCAGGUGUUAUGAGCCAAACCUAAUUUCCUUAUAGUGUUACUCAAUGAGAAUCAGAAUCAGACACUUUUUUAUUUUAUUUUAUUUUGAAGAAUGUGCCGUUUUAAAAUGGAUUAAACUACUAAUUCCAACACGAAUUUGAUUGCAGAUUCACUAUUUUUCUCUGUUUUUAAUUUAGUGCAAAUUCAAUAUAUUUGAAUUUUGUGCUGUUGAUCAGACAAAACAAGCUGUUUUCACACUUUCUAAAAGUUAAAAACUUGAUCAACUGAUUAGAAUACACAUGUUACUUGUGUGCAGCUUUAUAAUAUGCAAUAAAGUCAACAAUAAUAAAUGUAUAACUAAUACUCAAAAUGACUACACCUUGAACAUUUGUGAAAGUUUGUAGAUUUGCACAAAAUAGAGAAAGUUGUGUUUAAAAAUGAGUCGAUUUCGUAGCUGGUGAAUGCAGUGUCUCACCUAAAGUAUUAUAUAACACAUUCUACGUUAAUUGUCACCUAUCAAACCCUGACAUGUAAUUAAAAAACUGUUGGUGUUUAUUACAACAUUGUCUGAAAGAUGAAACCUCAGACCGACGCUCUUCAUGGACAUUACACACACACACACACACACACACACACACAAACACACACACGUUAGAAAAGGUUUGCGUUGUCUGACUUCUGCCCCGAGUAAUCCCCAGUCCUGGCGGAUGAAUGCACACAGAUGGACUAAAGGAUUUAAGAGUGUCGGCCAGGAUGUUAUAUGUAGCUGCUCUUACUUCAUUCUUGGGAGGAAUGUCCAGAAAGUCUCCGCGAGGACAACGAGCACUUCCCACAAUGCCGAGUCAAGACACAGCUGGAGAAGCACUGAAACAGAAGAAGAAGAAGAGGGUGAGAAAGGAGACAAAUGGCGUGGAUGACUUGAGCGAUCAUGGGAUGGAAAUGGGAGGCCUCGGCAGCCGGAGGGAGUCAGAGAUCGGAGAGCAACUGUCCCUUGAACCCGGAACGGACGCACAGCCUCAGAGGAGGAGGAAGAAAAAGAAAGCGUCCACUUUAGAUCUGGACAAUGACCAGGCCGACCUGGUGAACGGAGACACGGCGGAUCAGACCACUGAUGGAGAAGAAGUGGUCAAAAAAGCCAAAAAGAAAAAGAAGUCAAAAGUUGUUGAAUCGCAGCUUCCCAAUGAGUUGGACGUAGAAGAGGACGACAUCAUCACCGACACCCCUCCUCCGAUCUUCCAGCAUUCCCUGUUCUCGGCCCCGCUGGGUCAGAGCCAGCCGGUGGGGAAAGUCUUUGUCGAGAGGAACAAACGUUUCCAGGCUGCCGAACGCUCCGACUGGAGGAAGACCAGCGACCAGAUGGACAGCAUGACGGACUUCCAGCACAUUCAGCCGCUUUGGACCACCAGGGACGUGUCCCUCAGAGUGCAUGGGGCCUUUAGGGUGUUCGGUAUGUAUUGCCACGGCUUACUGGCGGGCUGCGCCAUGUGGAACAUCGUGGUGGUGUAUAUGUUAGCUGGGCAGCAACUCACCACUCUGUCCAACCUGCUGGAGCAGUACCACAGCCUGGCUUACCCCGCCCAGUCUCUGCUCUAUAUGCUGCUCGCCAUCAGCACGGUGGCCGCCUUCGACAGAGUGAACUUAGCUAAAAGCUCCAUGGCUCUCCAAGAGUUCAUCACACUGAAUCCAGUCGCUCUCGCCUCAUUUUGUGAGUCCACUCUAUGUUACCAAUCAACGUGUUACCAAUCAGUGUUAUCAAUCAACGUGUUAUCAAUCAGCGUGUUACCACGGUACUUCACACGCUUUAUUUAUCUUCCGUCCAGUCUAUUUCUCAGCGUUGGUCCUCUCUCUGAGCCAGCAGAUGACCAGCGAUCGAAUCCACCUUUAUCCAGACCUCAACACGACAUUAUGGCCACCAGGGUUGGAGCACCAGAUUCUGCACCCGUGGGUGACGGUCAACCUGGUGGUGGCUCUGCUGGUGGGGCUGGCCUGGAUCUUCAUAGCCACCCGACCAGAAACUGACUACACUCACGAGUAUCUGGAAACCAUGAGGCUGGAACUUCUCAAGCCAGAGGACAAAUCGGAGAUGACCGCCUGAGGAAAAAAUAACCUGACGCAUCUGCUCUGACACAUACUGGACAGCUUAAUGUCAUUUUGCACAUAUCUUUGCACUGGAUUUUGGCAGUGACCUCUGAAUGUAUUGUAGUUUAUUUUUGUAUUUUUGAAACGUGAACAUGCUCGUCUCUUUAUAAAUAUGUAUCCAACCAAUCCAACAACACCUCUUUAUUGUAUACUCAAGGAAUGAUGUGCUUACGCGUAAAACAUGUUUAAUUUAUAAGGUGAUUUUAUCAUACUUAAUAGU